AUGGCGCAGCAGAGUCCAGUAGCCCAGCACAGUCCAGUAGCACAGCCUCCUCCCCCCCAGCCACUGCAGUUACAAGGCCAUGAAAAUAGUUACAGGUCAGAGGUAAAAGCCAGACAAGAUGUAAAGCCAGACAUUAGGCAGCCACCUUUUACAGACUACCGUCAGCCAUCAACAGACUACAGGCAGCCUCCUGUAGAUUAUAGACACCCACCAGUACUCGAUUACCAGCAACCUCCUCCUUUGGACUACAGGCAACCUCCUCUAAUAGAUUACCGGCAACAUUCUCCUGACACUAGGCAGUAUCCACUCCCUGAUUACCGACAGUUCCAGGAUUAUGACUAUUUCACGGUAGAAAUGGAGAAGGGAGCUAAAGGAUUCGGCUUCAGCAUACGUGGAGGCAGAGAAUACAAGAUGGACUUGUAUGUGCUCAGACUAGCAGAGGAUGGCCCUGCAAUACGAAAUGGGAGGAUGAGGGUAAGUUCAUUUAAGUAGA